CCGGUGGCCGAUAUCUCGCAGUGGAUUAUUACUCGAGAUGUCGGACCGUUCGGACGUCUAAAAGUAUAUCUUAAUAAAAACAGAAAACAACAAGUCAGUAAAUAGUGACGUCAGUAUCGCUGACGUCACUCUUUCUAAAAACAACUCUGAGGCUCUUGAGCCGUCAUAUAUUAUAUACUAAAGUAAAUAAUGUUAACAAGUAUCGCAACAACAGUACAGUCAGUACAGACAGACAAGUAUCAGUCGUGUGCGCAUAGUUGUCCAGUGUGCACGCGUACACAUUCUACCUGCCGAACACCAGUGCAGUUGCGUUGUAAACAAGUGACAGUGGUUUCAAACCUUUCGUCUGUAAAAAUGUUUUUAUGUGGAAAAUGUAACAAUGAUACAGAGGAGGCUAUUCAAUGUUGGGUCUGCAAGAAGUUUUUUGACUAUCCUUGCUCAGGAAUAACUGAAAUAGGCUACCGCAAGCUGGGUGAUCGACAAGCUACUUGGAAAUGUGCGACAUGCAAACUUGUUCAAGGUGCGAAAAAACAGCCGGGUUCUCCAGUUCCUUCCCCGACAUCUCUGUCAAUGGAUACUGUGAUGGCGGAGCUCACUAAGCUGUCACUUCAGUUGCAGCCCCUUCCAGAACUUUUCAAGGAUAUUCAUUGCAUUAAAUCGGAUAUGGCUGCACUUUCGACUUCCACUCAGGAAUUGAUCAGUAGAAUCGAUAGACUGGAAAAAAGGAUUGAUAAUAUUGAGUCUGUAAGUGACGCCAUGCCUGAGUUGAGGGUUGCCAUAUCUCAACUUCAAGAGCAGAUAGAUGAGCAGGAUCAGUGGCUUCGAUAUAAUAAUAUUGAGAUAAAAGGUGUACCUGUAAAGCACAAUGAAAACCUUUUCGAUGUUUUGUCUAAAAUAGGAACAAAGAUAACCUUCCCUGUUUCUAAAAACAAUAUAAACUUCAUCGCGCGUGUGCAGUCCCGAAAUCCUUCUGAGAACAAAAUCAAGCCUAUAAUUGUGUCUUUUAUUAAUAGAUAUCUUAAAGAAGAUUUCGUAGCUGCUGGAAAGGCAUUGAAGACACUCACAACAUCUGAUAUCGGCAUCCCAGGCAAUACUAGAAUCUUCAUUAAUGAUCAGCUGACGGUCAAAAAUAAACAGCUGUUAUCUAAAACGAAACUCCUUGCUAAGGAGAAAAAUUACCGUUUUGUUUGGGUGAAGCACUCCAAACUAUUUGUAAGAAAAAACGAAACGUCCCCCGUCUUAAGUAUCAAAGCAGAGAAAGAUUUGACGAAAGUAAAAUAAAGUUAGUAACUAAAAUAACAUUUAUUAGAA